AUGUCUCGCGCGACGAACACGAACGCCUUCACGUCCUACUCGCCCUUCUUCUCUUCAGGCCUGCUCGCCCAGUCGACGAACCCGCGUCUGCAGCGCCGCGGCACCUUCAACUCGGACAUCUCAGAGCCAUGGGACGACGAGCUGUCCGACUCGUACCGCUCCUCCUCCCCCGGGCCCGCCGACUCGCUCAUGGACACCGACCCCGACGCUGACGCUAACACCGCCGCCGACGCCGCCAACACAUCCCUCUCACGGAGGAGUGCCACGCCCACACCCCGGUCCAACGGCGAGUCCCUCUCCAUCUCUCCCAACGCCCCCCACUCGCUCGCCUCGCCUCUCCCCACUCCAACUCAGCAGCAGCCCCGCCUGCGCAGACGCCGCUCCAGCCUAACCCAAGCCGCCACCUCCCCAAUGAACGCCAUCCGCGGGCCCGCCCGCGCCGCCGAAAACGCGCUGCACCUCCAAAAGCAGCUGCCCGUGCCCUCGCGCGCGCGCAGCGGGAGCGUCGGGGCCGACACCACCAUGAGCUUGUACACCGGGCUGGACGGGACGACGACGAUCGUCGUCGGGCGGAUGCGGAGCGGGAGCUGCUCGAGCGUGCUCUCCCUCCCGACGCCCGUAUCCGCCGCGCACCUCGUCCCGUCCUCUUCCUCAUCUGCAUCACGGUACACGAAUGUUUCUAUCACCCGUUCGCGCGCGACUGGCCUGACGACGAUAUCCCUCCACAGACCGCGCCGCGCCGUGCGUAGGGGUGCACCCAUACCCGUGCCCGCGCUCCUCGCGCCGCCGCCGACCGCGCCGCUCCCUGCGCUCCCGCCUACGCCUGCGGGGCACGGCCCGGCGAAGCUGCGCCCGGCGAAUGUGAAUCCGUCGGCUGGUAAUACGAUGAAAUCGCCUGCGGCGCGCACGUCGGCGCGUGCGCGUGGGUUGUCGGUGUCGAGUAGCGCGCUGGGCGGGGCGGAGAAUAGGAUUGACGAGGAGAUGAAGGAGAAUUAG